AUGCGACUCUUUGAUGACGUUCCUUCUGAAAAAGCAUUUCAAGUUUCUACGGGUGCAAAAAGGAAAGAACAUGUAAAGUCAUUAUCUGAAACUCAAUGUUAUUACUCUCACAGAUAUGGACAUAUUAUGAAAUAUUGCAAGAAAAAGAAAGAGGAUGAGAGUGCAGAUGCAAACUUCAAUUAUGGAAAAGAAACAAAAGAAGGAGAUACUGUUUUUAUGGCACUUGAGGAUCUUGAAGCCUUAGUAGAUGAUGCAUGGCACGAUGAUGAUGAUGAUGUCCUUGUGAAAAGAAACAAGGUGAUGGAUGAUGAAUGA